UGGCUCCCCCAAACGCCCUGUAACCUCAUAAACGUCUGGAACCCCAUGUUCCUGUCUGACACCCCAGCAUCUGGUCCCAGUAGUAGGCUUCCAGAACACCCCAGGGCUAGCCUCUGGGCCUUGCUUCUCUCCGAGGCCUCUGGGUCAUUCUCCGGGCCAAAGGUACUCAUGGCAAACACACUUGCUAACUAACGAGACCAAGACCUGGCUUGGAGAGGCGUAUUCGACCCAGAACACUCAUCUGGAGUCGAAGGUGUCGGGAAGGCCGCACACCGCUUUGCACAUGCUUCUGUCCCUAUGUGAGGCUGGUGUACCUUUUCAGCGCCUGCCCCAUACCUGCCCGCCACCGAGGGAGGCUUACUCCCUGCCCCAGCUCUGGGGCGCCAGGCCAAGGCAGAGGAAGGAAGCUGUGUCCAGUUCUGUCCAAGAUGCUGACUUCAUCCUCCCCAUCAAAGCCAGGAAAAAAACAGCCACACACACCCAGACACACGGACACACACGGGGACAGCAGGCGAUAGCCCAUGUGUGCUUCCAUCCUCAGCCACGCGCUGUGCCACGCCCUUGCCCCGGGGCUGCACACCUGACCUGACGUGCGGGCACCGUGCCGCAGCCCUCAGGCAGCACCAGACGGCGGGCUCUGUCACUGUCACUGGUCACUUGGCUAAGGACCUCUGUGGCGGGGUUUGGGAGCUAGAGAGGACCUCUUGGGCAGCGCCUGGGUGGGUUCUCCUCAGCUUGAUCAUUGUCCUCUGGGAGAAUCCCUUUCCCAGCCCCUCACCGGGCACCCUGGGGCGACAAGGCCUAGAACACCCGGGGCUUCCCUGGGACGUGGCUGCCAGCUGCCCGGUUCUCGGGCUGGGAGCCUGUCUGAAGGUUUGCCCUGUUCCCCAGCCCCUGACGCGGCUCUGCUCCCCAGGCCUCGGCUCCUCCGCGCCUCAGCAUCGCCGGCCCGGGCGCCCAGCCCGCACUGGCCUCCUGCCUCUGCACAGUCCCUCAGGCUUCCCGGUCUCCCCAGCCUCUGCCUCCUUCCCACGUUUCCUGCACUUGCUCUUAGCCAAAAGGCCGUUUCCUAGUCCUGGUGUGCCGCGAGUCCCUGAGCCCAGCCCCACGGCCCGUUCCGGAGGUUUUGCUGAGCUGGGAGGGUGCGAACCAGCAGGAACCGCCGGCUAAGAGCAGCAGCCCCUGGAGGAGGCGGGCGCGGGCGCUGGGGAGCCAGAGCCAGGCGGAGGCGAGGAAGGGGCGCAGUGGACGAUGCCAGCCCAGUUCCCCGUGACGGUCAGGCUGGCCCUGCUGGUGCUGCUGGGCACAGCCAGAGCGGGACCCUUCUCCCCCAGGUCCAAUGUGACGCUUCCAGCCCCGAGGCCCCCUCCCAGGCCGGGGGGCCGCACGGUGGGGGCAGGAGAGGGGCGCCCCUCUUCUCAGCACUAUGAGCACACGGUGGAAGGAGGGGAGAAGCAAGUGGUCUUCACCCACCGCAUCAACCUCCCGCCCUCCGCCGGCUGUGGCUGCGCCCCGGGCGCGGAGCCCCCCGCCCCUGCGUCGGAGGUGCAGGCCCUGAGGGCCCGGAUGGAGGCUCUGGAGGAGCUGGUGAAGGGGCUCAGGGAACAGUGCGGCGCGGGGUGCUGCCCCGCGGCUGCCCAGGCGGGCACAGGCCAGACCGACGUGCGCAGCCUCUGCAGCCUGCACGGCGUGUUCGACCUGAGCCGCUGCGCGUGUUCCUGCGAGCCCGGCUGGGGCGGCCCC